ACGUUAAUUUUAAUAUUUAAAAUAUCAAGGUGAAAAGGAAAGAUAGAAAUAUAAACUUGAAAAAAAAUUGUGAGUUAUAAAGCCACUAAUUAAGAUGAGGACGACACAACAUAAAGAAGUCAACAUGGGAGAGCCAAAAAUCGCGGAAUACUUAGCUGUGGGUUUCCUAGGUUCGGCAGCUGCUGUUCUUGCUUUUGUUGCUGGGACUACAAGGAUUAAGGCAUCAAACGUUAGCAUAACAACUUUGGGUGAAUGCAAAUACCCAAGAAGUCCAGCAAUUAUACUUGGAUACAUAGCAGCAUUGCUCACGCUUAUCACCCAAAUUGCUAUUUGUGUUGUAUUUCGCUUGGCUUAUCGCCGGAGAAAUAAUACCAACACUAAAUCGAGAUCCCCUUUUGGUGCAAUCUUAUGUUUCAUUUUAUCAUGGGUUGGUUCUGGUAUUGGAAUUGGUUUCCUAUUAUCUGGUGCUAAACUCAGCGGUCGUCAAGAGUUUGUAGUCUCAACAGGACAUUGCUACACCUUAAAACACAACUUAUUUAAAGCGGGUGGGUUUAUGGCAUUGUUUGCCUGCUGCCAAGGUCUAUGCACCCUCUACACCUUCUUGGCUGAAAUUAAAUACCCACCGGAAGCCAUUCCAUAUCAAGGUGGCAUUGCCUUGGCAAAUUCUCAGCUUGAUGCUGCCUCUGCGAACUCAAACCCUAAGCAACAACAGCAAUAUGUAUGAAAGAUUAUUGUAGUUUCUUAGUUAAAAAUUUGAGAUCAUGUCCUAUAUGAGUGCUUCAAAAGAUUUAAUUGUAUGUGCAAUUGUACAAAAGCAUUGAAUUGUAAAAAACACUUUUUAA